AUGGGUGAAUAUCGUAUCGAGUUAUCUCCCAACAACCGCGCCACGUGCAAGGACACUGAGUGCAAGAAGAACGGUGAUAAAGUCACCAAAGGCACCCUGCGGUUUGGUACCUAUGUCGUCAUCAACGAGCAUGGAGGCUGGACAUGGAAACAUUGGGGAUGUGUCUCUGGCCAACAGCUAGAGAAUGUCCGUGAAUUAUGCCAGCAAGGUGAUGGCUCCUUCGACUGUGAUCUCAUCGAUGGUUACGAUGAGCUUGUCGAACACCCCGACGUGCAAGAGAAGGUCCGCCGCUGUAUCAACCAGGGUUUCAUUGACCCUGAAGAUUUCAAAGGGGACCCGGAGAAGAACAAGCUUGGCGAGAAGGGUAUUCACCUGACUGCAGCACAGAAGAAAAAGAAGGAGGCUGCCGCCACAGGCGAUGGAGAGAAGCCCAAGCCCAAAGGCAAGCGUGGACGCAAGAAGGCCGCUGAUGAUGAGGAUGAUGAGGACGAGCCGCAGCCCAAGAAGGCUCGAACAUCCAAGGCUGCCAAGGCGGAUGAAGAGGAGAAGCCCGCUGCUAAGCCGGCCCGUGGCCGCAAAGCUGCAAAGGUCAAGGAUGAGAGUGAAGAUGAGACUGCUGCAUCUGCUCCUGCGCCUGCUAAGAGAGGGCGCAGAACUUCUGCUCAGAAGCCAAAGGACGAAUCCGAUGCUGAGGAGAAACCUGUUCCUGUCAAAAAGGAACGAAAGGCGGCCACUAAGAAGGUCAAGAACGAAAGCGAUGAUGAGGUUCCGGCUCCUGCUCCUGCUCCUGCCCCUGCCCCUGCCAAGAGAGGACGCAGAACUUCUACUCAGAAGCCAAAGGACGAAUCCGAUGCUGAGGAGAAACCUGUUCCUGUCAGAAAGGGACGAAAGGCUGCUGCCAAGAAGGCGGCUACCACUGAGGAGGAAGAUGCUGUGGUUGAGGAAGAGGAAGAGGAGAAGCCCGCACCGAGGACCAGAGCUCGCCGCGGACGUUCCAGCAAAGCUUGA